AUGAAGAAUUGCUGGUGCAAGGAGUUGCAAGAAACUUUUCAAUUAAAUCCAUUGGUCAAAGAGUUGACAACAAGGAUCAGUCUCGAUGUGGAUACACAUAGUACCUUCGUACUAUCGAAGGAGAAAGCUUUAUUCACUAGGGUACUCAGAUUCAUGAAUAAUAUGUCUGCUCUAUCACUACGUGGCAUACUUGAAAAUAACAAAUUGGCUGAAGCCAAUUAUGAUGAUUGGUAUCGCAAUUUGAGAAUUGUUCUCAUGCAUGAAAGGCUAAUUGAUAUAAUCGAUAAGCUUGCUGUUACGGCCCCAUUUCCUAAAGAGGAUGGAAGUAUUGAUAAUGAGGCAACCAAGGCUUAUGAGAAGUACUUAGAAAAUCGUCUUACUGCCAAAUGCAUCAUUCUGGCAUCCAUGAGUUCUGAUCUUCAGAGGCAACAUCAGGAUAUGGAUCCACCAACUAUUGUUGAACAUCUUAAGAAGAUGUAUAGUGCACAAAGUAAGACGGCCCGAUAUCAAUUGUCUAAAACUUUGUUUAGAUCCACACUUGAUGUAGACUCUCUUGUUGGACCCCAUGUUCUUAAGAUGAUUGAUCUUAUUGAACAAAAAGAGAAGUUGGGAUACAAAUUGGGCAAAGAACUUUCACAAGAUUUGAUCUUGCAAUCUCUUCUAAAAACUUUAUCACAAUUCAUUGUUAGUUUUAAUAUGAUUAAAGUAAGCUGUGAUCUUCAUGAAAUGCUCAACAUGUUAAUUGAUUAUGAGAAUCAAAUUGCAUCUGAGAAAAAGAAAGGAGUUGCUAUUGUAGUUGGCAGCUCUUCUAAGAAGAAAGGAAAAUGGAAAGAAUCAUUUUAA